CGUGUCUGUGUGUGCGUGUCUGUGUGUGUCUGUGUGCGAGGAAAGAUUGCCCUUUCCCAUAGCAUUUCUCUUGUAUAUGAGGAUUCUUUGAUACAAGUUUACAUCUUUCCACACAUACUUUCUUAACUCUUUGCUUCUUUAACCCUCACAUCUAGAUUUUAAUAAAUGAAUCAUUUAUUAAAUAUUUUCACGUGGUUAUAUGUAACAAACCCUGAUGUCUGUUGCUUUACAUCUUGGGCAGGACUAUAGUCACAGAACCAUGGAGCUCAGUGAUGAUGAGACAAAUGGAGAAGAAGAUCAAACAGAAGAGGAAGAGGAAGAAGAUGAUGAUAAGAACAAUAAGAUAGAAAAAGAGCCAUUGGAGAAUGUGGAGCAGCAACAAACAAACAUGGUUCAGCUUAGAGCACAGGCAAGGGAAGAUGUUGAGGAAGAUGUCACAGAUGCAUGUGUUCCUGAUGGACCAGUGAAGGGGCAGUGUAAAGAAGCUGUGCAGUCUCUGACAGAUUCUCAAGUUAAAGAUGGAGCCCAUCCACUUGUAGAGGAAAAAUCACAAUUCCAGAUUGAAACGAAACAAGAGAAAAGGAAAAGCUUCUUUGGGUCGAACAGCAAGAACCAAGCAAGAGAAGGAGAAAGCAGAAGCUCCACAGGGGAGCGCCACAGUGGGCUUACCUGUCAGAGAGGCCCUCGGCAGCAGCUCACACAGCGAAGGGCUGGAGAAGAUCCCCAGCACAGCCUCCGGGAGCCCUCGGCCCCCCCCGUCCCGCUCAGCCACGUGCACUCUGCUCUGAGGGGAGUCCUGGACGUCCCCUCAGAUCCAUUCAUGGAGCUCCCCUCAAACCCGGUCCUGAAGCUUCUCUCAGACCUAGUCCAGGAGCUCAUGGCUGCUAUGGUCUAGCGGUUCCCUGCUCUAACACAGCCUGUUUGAACAGACAGAGGGCUGAGUAGCAUUAGAUGUGUUAGAUGUGUUGGGAUACAUGGAGACAAAGUAUCCACUAGGACUGGCACUGAGAAGGUGGUCUUAAAGUCAGGAGACAAGCUUAUCUACCAAAAUCUUAGCGUUCACUACGGUAAAGUAGACAGAAAAACUGAUCUCAAAAUAGCAGCUUCUAGCAACAGUAUUUGGACACCUGCAUUGGCAAUGACAGCCAUUAAGUGCCUUGUGCAAACUCUACAGAACAAGUGAGGUUAAACUCAGUUUGGGACAUUUCUUCAGAAGCACUGUGUGAAGCCAUGUGAAUUUUGAUACUUCAUUACAAUUUUUGAUUGAAUUUUUGUCAUAUGAAAAUAUGCAGUUUGACUUUUGUGGUGUAUUUGUGUGUGACAUGUACCCUAAAUGUAAAUAAUUUUUACAAUUAUUUAUUCCUCCUUAUUCCUCACAUUUUUAUUCUGCACUCUGGCACUUUUUUGUCAAUAUUGUUAAUGACAUGUUCUUAUAUUAUUAUAUUCUAUUAUAUAUUGUAUGGAAUGUGUAAUGAUUA